AGUAUGUGUACAACACAUUGGAGCAUGUUGUAGCAUGUUGGAGUACUUUGAAUUUGCAGUCGCAUAAUAACCAUCACUGUGUUCAUUCACAGAAAAAUAUACUAAAAAAUAAUUAACAUGUGCAAUGUGAAUUUAUAAAUAAAAAAAAUUAACUAUAAUAAUUAUCAAGUCAAAAUAAACAUUACAUAAAAUUUUGCAACACAAAAAUAAUUAAAUAACUUGGUAAGUCAAUGACAAAAAAAAUAUUUAUCAAUAUUUAUAAAUCACAAUAUUAUUAAUUAGUUUUUUUAUAAAGUCUAAUUUUAUUUACUAUAGUUUCGAUUACGAAUAAAUAAAAUGUACAACAUACUUGUUACGACACAUUGUUAUUUUUUUUAUAUUAAAAAUAGUAAGUGAUGAUUUUUUUUUUUAAUUCAAUAGCAAGUGAUGUGUUGACCUAGGUCAUAUUUUAUUUAUUUUUGUCACACAUUGAUUUAUUAUUGUUGACAAAUUCAUAUCUAAAAAUAAAAAAAUGAGUUAAUAUUUAUGUUAUAAUUAAUUGUCUCAUUUAAAUUUUAUUAAUAAAAUUUGGAUCAAUAUACAUGUCUGGGCUAAAAAAUAAAAAAAAUAAAAAAUACCAUGUGUUUUAUAAAUUCCAAGGCAAAGUCAUACAAAAAAAAAACGACAGGAAUUAGUGAAAAAGAAUAAGGAUAAACCGGUUUAACAGAAUGGAGCAUCGUUUGGAAGAAUGGAAUAAAAUUAACAAACUAUCUUGUUACAUUAAAUUUGCAAAGGCCUUCACUUUGACUUGGUUUAAAUAUAUGUUAAUAUCAUCACACACAUCUAGCUCAUCUAGCUAAAUUGUGGUGUUAUUUGUGUACAUGUGUUUAUUAUUAUAAAAAUUUAAAAAUCCAAGACUAGUUUAUCAUCAAGAACAGAAAUGGAUGAAUUUUCAAAUGCAGCAAAUGAAAAUUAUAUUUACAAAGAUAUUGUUAUUGUUGGAAAUGGACCAGCUGGUAUAUGCUUGUCAUAUAUGCUAAAUGGUAAUUGGCCUUAUUAUACUGGUGAACCACAUCCUGGUGAUGAAAUGCUAACAGCACGACUAAAUUAUAUAAAAAAUAAACAAAAAAAUAAUAAUAUAAAAAUACAAAAUGAUGAUGAUGAUAAUUAUAAUAAUAAAAUAAUGAAUAAUAAUAAUGAUAGUUUGUUAAAUAAUUCAAAAGAAGAUUUCGAAAUGUUAACUGGUGGUUUAGAAGGUCGUGGUACUUGUAAACCAAUGGCAUUGCUUCUUGAUCAAUUACAACAUCCAUGUGUUGAUACUGGUCUUGAUUUAAAAAGUUUAUUAAUAUGGAAAUCAUCAGAAUAUCAUCCAGAUCAUAAUAUUAUUAAUCAUAUUGUAUUGGGUAAAGGUCCACCUGGUGGUGCAUGGCAAUUUAUGGAUCCAAAUGUCUUAACAAUUAGUUUAACAAGAUGGAUGUCAUUACCUGGUCUUGAUUUAAGAAAAUGGGAAACACUUGUUGAAACUGAACAAUUACGUAAAUCUGAAAUAUUACAAAAACGUAUUGUUGGUGAUAAUAUUAUUGAAUCUGAUGAUGAUACAUUUGAAAUAUCAAAUAGAAUACCAGUUGGUACUGUUGCUGCUUAUUAUAAAAACUAUGUUCAUCGUAUGGGAUUAGAAAAAUAUUUUAAAUGUGGUAGAACAGUAACAUCAGUUAGACCAAUUAUUGAUACAAAUAAUUCUGAUGAUAAUUAUGGCUGGAUUGUUAAAGGAUAUGAAAAUCAAAGUGGAAGAAAAUUUAAUUAUAAAUGUAAAAAAGUUGUUCUUGCAACUGGUACAACAAAUUCAUCAAAUCGUUUGGGAAUACCUGGUGAAGAAUUACAAUCAAGUUGGAUAACACAUGACCUUAAUGAUCUUGAAUCACGUCUUGAUCGUCUUGCUGGAAAAUGCAAAAAAUGUUUCAUGAAACCAAGACAAGGUACUGUUGAUCCAGUUUUAAUAAUUGGAGCUGGUUUAAGUGCAGCUGAUGCAAUAAUGGCUGCAAGAUUUAGGGGAAUUCCAGUUAUUCAUGCUUUUCGUGAUUGUUCAAAUUCCACUGAAAAAAUUAAUGAUAAUGAUGAUGAUGAUAAUGGAGUACGUUUAAGUGCAAGUUCAUAUGAAAGACUACAAUCACUUCCAGUAUCAAUGUAUCCAGAGUAUCAUAAAAUUUAUGAAAUGAUGGCUGAUGGUAAAAAUCACAGGUUUUACAAAGCAUUACCUGGUUAUUCAUUAAUUGAUUUUUGUGGACCUACUAAUAAUGAUGGAAAUAAAAAAAAAGAAAGAAAAGUAUCACUUAAAUCACCAAGUGGACAAAUUUUUACAUUUAAAGUUUCAACUGUUGCUGUUCUUAUUGGCUCCAAGCCAGACUUGUCUUAUCUCGAUGAAUAUGCAACGAAAUUGGGAAAAAUUUAUGGUAAACCAAUUGAUGGACGAUCAAAUCCAAUUGAAAUUGAUGACAUAACAUAUGAAGUUAUCAAAUCACCCAAAAAAGGUCUAUACGCAAUGGGUCCUUUAGUUGGUGACAACUUUGUGAGAUUCAUUGUUGGUGGUGCUUUUGCAAUUGCUUCACAUCUUAUAAAUAAUCAUGAAGAUGAUUAAUAAUUUUUUUUUUAUCUAUUAUUCUCUAUACUAUUAAAUUUUUUAAUAUAAAAAUCAUGCUGUGCAUUGAAUUAGAAAUAUUUUACAUACAUCAUAUUUCAGUAUAACUAAAAAUAUUUUUUUAUAUAUAAAAUUUCAACUGUAAAUAAUAUAUUUAUGGUUUUUUUUUAUUUAAACUUUGAAUUAAUAUAUAUUUUUAUAGCGGUGCUUUAUUAAUUUUUUUUUUCUAUUUUAAAUUCAGUCAAAAGAAAAUAAAAUUAAUUUAUUAUUCUACAUUCCUGAAUAAGCUCAUUUAUAUUAUCAAAAAUUUGAUGAAAUAGCUAUUUAAUAUUUAUCCUAGAUAAAUUUUGAUACUAAUAUAAUUUAUUUAUUAUUUAAAAAUUAAUAAUCAGGUGAAAAAAAACAAAAAACAAAAUAAAUUUUAUUGUACAAUCUAAUAAUCGUGCCUUGACACAUAAAAAUAUCAAGUAUUUUUUAUUUUUUUUAAAACUGUAUUAACUCUUUAUAAUUAUUUUUAAAUAUAGUAAAUAUGCACUUAUAAUCUAGUUGACAAUACUAGCUCAAAUGAAUAUAAAUUGACUAACAAAAUUAAUUCAUUUAAUACUUAAAAAUCAUUACGUUCAAUUUGAUGCAGUGAUUUUAAGUAAUACUGUGAUAUUGAAUUGUUUAUAUAAUAAUAAUAAUAAAAUAAAAAAAAUUGAAUAUAUAUUUAUUUUUCGUUUUAUUUAUUACAACAAUUACUAUAUAUUAAUAUUUUUUAUACAUCCAACAUUUUACAAACAAUAACAUUGCACUUUUAUAAUAAUAAAAAAGAAAAAAUAAAAAUUCUUUAUUUCAGUUUUUCAACUGUUAAAAUUCAUUAUACUGUUAAAUAAAUAAAAAUUGUAUACAAUUAAAUUAACAAUGUAUAAGUUAAUUAAGUUUUAAAUACAACAAUAAGAAAGCAUAAAAGUAUAAUCAUCAUAGCAAGUAUCAUAAUACAAUACAUUUUACGAUUAGCUCUUUGGUAUGUUUCAGCUUUUUUUAAUUGUUUAUAACCUUCUUGUACUUGGCACUGUGUUUGUUCAACAUUAUAAUCAAUUCUAUCAAGUAUUGUACCUUGAUCAUGUACCAUUGUUGCAAGAUCUUUAAAUACAUAAUUUAAAUCU